AUGCCCAAUCAACGUUUCCCAAAAGUUCAAAUACUACACAUUGCGCCACACGAAAUCAAAUUCAUUUUGAGUGAGACCGAUGUCAGUGUGGCCAAUACCCUGCGACGUAUCAUGAUAGCGGAGGUGCCCACCAUGGCGAUUGAUCUGGUGGAGUUUCAUGCGAAUACGACUGUGUUAAAUGAUGAAUAUAUUGCCCAUCGACUGGGUCUGAUUCCAAUUCGGUAUCAGCCACCGGAAUCUAUGAAAGGAGAAGACUGCAACGGUGCCUUUCUUCCUCACCGAGAAUGUGUCUGUUACGAACGUUGUCCGCGAUGUUCUGUGGAAUUCGAACUCGAUGUCAGCUUUGAUGAAGUCAAUCCGCUACGAGCCGAAGAAGAACUCAUGGCCCCCCUUACCGUCUCUUCCCAAGACUUGAAAACGAAUAACGAAAGUGUCAUCCCUGCUCACUUUUUGAGUCAGGACGAACAGGAUGAAGCCCAAGAUGCUGGUGUGGCCAUUGUCAAAAUGGGGCCUGGACAAAAACUAAAACUCAAAGCAAUUGCCCGGAUGGGUACCGCCAGGGAACACGCCAAAUGGAGUCCCGUUGCUGUAGCAACCUAUCGAUUCUGGCCUGUCAUUACCAUUAAUGAAGAACAAGUGGCCACACUCACCAUGGAACAAAAACAAGAACUAGUGGACAUUUGUCCCGACCGGAUAUUGGAAAUCGAUGACUUGACGGGAUCUAUCAAGGCAGUCGAGAAUGCUUGGGAACUUUCCACCUACACAGAAGAUAUCAAGUUCCAUCAAGAUUCCCUCAAGAAACGAAAAGAAGAUGAUGACUUUGUGCGAAUCGAACACUCGGCUGACAAGUUUAUCUUUACGGUCGAAUCGACAGGGGUUAUGGAUGCAGACGAAAUUGUAAUGUCCUCGCUGCGAGUCCUAAAGGAUCGAUUGAAUCACUUGGCACAAGAGGUAGAAAACUUGAAGGAUAUGUAA